UAUAUAGUCACAUAAGUACUUACAUAGGUGAUAUAUAGUCAUGAGUACUUACAUAGAUUAUAUGUAGUCACAUGAGUACUUACAUAGGUGAUAUAUAGUCACAUGAGUACUUACAUAGGUGAUAUAUAGUCAUGAGUACUUACAUAGGUUAUAUGUAGUCAUAUGAGUACUUACAUAGGUGAUAUGUAGUCACAUGAGUACUUACAUAGGUGAUAGUCACAUGAAUACUUACAUAGGUGAUAUAUAGUCAUAUGAGUACUUACAAAGGUGAUAUGUAGUCAUAUGAGUACUUACGUAGGUGAUAUAAGUACAAAUAUAUAAGUAAUAAUGAAGCAAGGAGCAGAUCACUUGACUGGUGGGAUUUAAGGGUUAUGUAACACAUUGUUUUCUAACAUGAUUGAGAUAAAGCAGCAAUUUUAUACAACUUUUCUAAUUUACGCCUAUUAUGAAUUUUUUUCGUACUCUUGGUAUCUUUAUAUAAAAUUGCUGCUAUAUAUGAAGCAUGAAAGAAAAAAUGUGCGUUUCAUUUUGUAUGAAUGGCUGAGAGGCCAGCGAUGAUUGGCGGAUCAGGUCACGUGAAUACACCACCUGACUGUAUUAUGGCGCUGUGACCGUGAGCAUGAUGUGGAGGCCACUUGCUCGGUUUAGCACUCCAGUAACACGUGGCUCUCGCCGUAACGUUACCGGCCGCGCCAGCACACCGGAAGUUAAUGCGGUGAAGGUCCUUUUUUUCAGGCAUAGCAUUGACGGCUAUUUGUGACGUCAUUAACACGCGACUGUUUUUUUCCUGGUUCCCUAAGUUGAAACUGUUUGUUCCGUUACUUGUCAUUUGUUUUUCUGCAACAUGUGGCGCUCGCGCGGAGCCUUGAUGGGACACGUGACAGUUUGUGUUUCCUGCAUGAGACGCAGAUUUUCAGUAAAACCUAAGGUCCUUGAUCUUCCAAAGCGAUACCUUGGUCAACCCAGCCCAUUUACCCACCCACACCUUCUGAAGCCAGGCGAGGUCACCCCUGGUCUGACACAGACGGAAUAUGCCGUCCGACGUCACAAGCUAAUGUCACUCAUUCAGACGUCUCCGGCACUGGGGAGUGGUACAGAUCACGCCGUCAUCUUCCUGUCUCACCCUACACUGUAUAUGACCAGUGACAUACCUUUCCCUUUCCAUCAACACACAGACUUCCUCUACUUGUGCGGGUUCCUAGAACCUGAUAGUAUCCUUAUCCUGAGGAGCCGGGCUGGCCACUCACUGCCCUCCCACACCGCCAGCCUCUACGUGCCUCGCAGAGAUGCCAGCCGUGAGCUGUGGGAUGGGCCACGUUCUGGAGCAGACGGUGCUGUAGCUCUCACUGGGGUAGAUGAGGCUUUUGUAAUGGAUGAGUUCAAACAUGUUCUGCCUCGGCUGCUAGACGAAGGUGUGACGUUGUGGUGUGACUGUGCCAGGCCCGCUCACCCCGCUCUGUAUAGCAGCUGCCUCCAGCCUUUGGUGCAAUCUAGAGCCAGAGGAAAGAACCCAAUCAGACCAAUAAGGCAUCUUGUCCAUCAGCUUCGUCUAGUGAAGUCCCAAGCUGAGCUGGAGCUCAUGAAGCAAGCAGGUCGCAUCUCCUCCCAGGCUUUCAUACAGACCAUGAGCUGCACUACAGCACCCGUGGAUGAAGCUUUUAUCUAUGCUAAGUUUGACUUUGAGUGCCGUGCACGAGGUGCAAACAUACUUGCCUAUCCGCCUGUUGUCGCUGGAGGGAACCGCUCAAACACACUUCACUACGUGAACAACAAUCAAAGGAUUCAGCCUGGAGAGCUGGUUCUAUUAGAUGGAGGUUGUGAAGCUUCUUGUUAUGUCAGUGACAUCACACGGACAUGGCCUGUAAGUGGCAGGUUCUCAGCCCCACAGCAAGAGCUGUACCAGGCUGUCUUAGAUGUACAGAAGUCCUGUCUGAAGCUUUGCGUCCCAGGUACGAGUCUGGAAAAUAUCUACAGCCACAUGCUGUGCCUCAUCUCACAGAAACUGAUGGAUCUGGGGAUUGUGCCGAGAGGGAGCAGCGACACCCAGCUGUUUAAGGCUGCUCGCAGAUACUGUCCUCAUCAUGUCGGGCAUUACCUAGGAAUGGAUGUGCACGAUACUCCAGACGUAUCCCGGUCCCUGUCCCUGCAACCUGGCAUGGUCAUCACUGUGGAGCCAGGUAUCUAUAUUCCGGAUGAUGACUCAGCCACUCCCAUGAAAUACAGAGGUCUGGGCAUCCGAAUUGAAGACGACGUGGUCAUCACAGAGCAAUCACCCAUAAUCCUUUCUGUUGACUGUCCCAAGGAAAUCCACGAGCUGCAGCAGGUCUUUGGCAAGAGCUGAUACUCCAGAGUCUGUGAUAUUUCCCAUUCCUUUUUAUGAAAGAGAGUAACUGUAUGUGGCAAAUGAUUUUAUUUAGACAGGAAAACAUUAUUGCAGCCUGGGCGGAUAUCUGUGUGUUGUAUUUAUUUUAUAUAAUCUCAGCAAUAGACAGAUGUGCGCAGGAAAACGUUAUUGCCGCCUGGGCGGAUAUCUGUGUGUUGUAUUUAUUUUAUGCAGAAAUAUUUUAUGAACAGUUUCCUGUUCAUCAGAUUUACAAAAUGGAUUUUAAAAAUAAAAUUGUAAAGUAUUUUUA